AUGCCUCAGCCACGGCGACACCAAGCUGCAGACAAUUCAGACUUUGAAAGCAGCUCAAACAUCAAUGAGGACUUGACGGACUCUGAUUCCUCCACUGACUCAGAUGAAGACCUCAUGCAGGUACACGCUGCUAUUGCACCUGCUGGAGAUGGUGCAACUAUUCAGGAAGUUCGCCAGGCACUUGAACUCACACAGAACCUACUACUGAAUAUGCGUGGCAAAUGCCGAGAGUUACUGAAAUGGAAUGCACUUCUCGAGGCUUCUACAGCCAAAGGACGAGGGCGGAAGAACCUGACCGCCAAGGAUCUUGCACUAUCUGCUAAAGAAGAUACCGUACGGGCUCACGGGCACAAAUAUUCCAUGACGCACUGUCUAUGGAUCAAUGCCAAAAUUUUUCCCUUGCAUGCGCCUCCUAACAUUGAACUCUUUGGCAGCGAGCGCUGGCUGUCGCCACAGUCAAUAGAGGAUGGCGUAAAGGCAGAGUUAUAUAAGUUCAUCCCAGAAGUCGAUCAUGAGUUGAUGGGCUACAAGAACUUUGCACCGCAUUUUGCGAAGGGCGUCAGUGGCAUUCGCUCAGAAAUGGUUUCAGACAUCAAAUCUUGCGCAGAAUGCCAUGCUUUGCUUGUGAAUCCUCAUGGCGAACACACAAAGUUUGCUCCCGUACUCUUUCUUCAUCCAGAGUGUCCCAACAAAGAUGAAUUUCUCAAAACAGCAAAGCUUGUUCGGGUCUUGAAAGUCACACUUUUCGGGAAAUCCUCGCUUUCGGCUACCUAUGCUCCAGCUCCAAAGACUAAAGGCAAACUUUGGCAAUUACGGAGUACUACUCCAGGUAUGAUUGCUGCUGCUGCUGUUGUUGCAAUAUUUGUUCUUUCGGGCGACAAAGACUUGUAUGUGAAGGGUGAAAAAAGCAAUAUCAUGUACCACCAAUAUCACAACUACUAUCGCCAACGUCUAAUGACUGGAGGCACCUGGGCGCGAGACAUUCUUACCUUUUUCAACAAUGCCCUCUUUCCUGAAACCUCAUCCUCAUAUGUCAAUCUGGACAUGGCAGAAACAGGUGCUUCCCACAACACUUGGGAGGAGGAAUUUGAGCGUGCCAUGGAAGAGGGAGGUGAUGGACCAGCUUUUCAAUUUGAUCCUAUCAUUGCACCUGAUGCCCAGUCUUCUGCCCAUGUCACACGCCCAUCAUCUACCUCCAUCACACACCCAUCAUUGGCAGCCGUCGCACGCACACCAUCUGCCUCCGUCACACUGCCUGUCAUUGCCCCUGUUGUACCUCCACCUGUUUCUGUGACUGCUCCCAUUGCUUUCAAGCCCUCUGUUCCUGCACCAUCCAACUCCAUUUCUUCAGCAAUGCAAGACCUCACCUUGGGAGAUGGUCCUCCACUUGUAGAGCCUAAUAUGGUUGGGGCUGUCCCCCCGAAGCCCAAACCAAAGCCAAGGCACAAAGCCAAAGCAGAUGAAUCAGGUGCUGAGGUUCGCAGGUCUGGCCGCAAGAAGUGA